AUGGCUCUGCCAACGGACUGUAAAAAGGAUCUACUUCACGUGUGUGCGCAAGGCCGUAUAACAGAGAAUGACUCCCUCUCUACUGCUCCCCGCUCCUCUCCCCCCCCCCUCACGGGAUGCACGGCGCGCAAAGUGGAGGACCGCAUGCCCGGCCCGCCUCGCGGCAAGCACACCGCACCUCCCGCCGCCGCUGCUGCUGUGGUUGAUGCCGCUGAUGUUGCUGGUUAUGUGGCCGCUUUUGCUUUGGAGGAUGAAAAAGGCCCCACUCGCCCCAAGCGCGUGGAUAUGCACAAGGAGGAAGCUUUUCAUUCGUCUGCCCGCGUGGGAACGGGAGAUUUCCCUUCAUCUGCCCGCAUGGAGAUGCGCACGGUGGUGCGGCUGACGACCUCCGGAUUCCACAACCACCCUUCCUCUUUGUGUCUCAAGCGACGCCGCCGCAGAGACGCCGCGGAAGGAAGCACCGCAGCUGCUGCUUCAAAAGAGGAGAAGAGCAACAAAGAGCCCCUCUCUGCCGCCCUCCAGAAGCCUCACUCCGACCCAGCGAUGCUCUCGCGGAUGGUCCAGAGGCAAGGACUGUUGGAGAAGGGAGCGAUGCGAAUAGAAGGGGUAUUUGAUAGCAGCAGUGCCUUCUUGCACACGACUCAAGUCGUUGGCCCGUGCAGCAGCAGCAGCAGCAGCAGCAGCAGCAGCAGCAGCAGCAGCAGCAGCAGCAGCAGCAGCAGCAGCAGCAGCAGCAGCAGCAGCGGCGGCAGCUUUGUUGGUGUUCCAGGCGCUGCAGGUCAGGCUCCUGCUGCAAGCAUGGAUUCAGGCGUUGCUGGUGGUGGUGCUGCUGCUGCUGGCGGUGCUGCUGCUGCUGGUGGCAGUGCUGCUGCUGCUGCUGCUGCUGGUGGUGGUGGCGGUGCUACUGGUGGUGGUGCUGGUGGUGGGGGUGCUGCUGCUGCUGCUGCUGCUGCUGCUGCUGCUGCUGCUGCUGCUGCUGCUGCUGCUGCUGCUGCUGCUGCUACGAUUACUACUGUGCUCAACUCAGCAGAAGGGCUGCACACAUUGGAUGCAUGCAAAGACCUCGCCGUUGCUUCUCAGGCUCAAGUCGGGGCUUCAUCGCCACAAGAGCCCGUCCCCGCUGUUUCGUCUCCUGUUCAUGCUGCUGCAGCUGUCUUACCUAACACUAUGGGAGCUGCUGCCUUACCUAACACCAUGGGAGCUGCUGCCUUACCUAACACCAUGGGAGCUGUCCCCUUACCUAACACCAUGGGAGCUGCUGCCUUACCUAACACCAUGGGAGCUGUCACCUUACCUAACACCAUGGGAGCUGUCCCCUUACCUAACAGUUAUGCGGCAUGUAUUCACAGCACUGGCUAA